GCAUUACUGUACAAACGGUUAAAUAAUUACAGGGAUUUAUCCUGCUGCGCAUUGGACUGAGCUGAUUAAGUUUACCAUGCAACCAACCGCUCUCCAUGUGCAGUUUUAGGGGUUGUCAGGAGGACUCGUUGUUCAGUGUUUGGUCAGCAGAAGGGCCCCUCUCAGCAGGAGGGCCCGUGGAAACACCGUGUUUAUGUGUAGGCUGCUUGGGGCCAUCUGCCAGACAGCGGCUGUAGAAGUGGUUACGUUGUUGGUUAAACAUCUUUUGAACCAUCUGAGGUGAAUGUGAGCGCCUCCUCUCUGAUCUAGAAGUGCAACUGAAGGUUGAAUAUCAGAGGGGCUGAGCUUCCAUCAAGGUCCACAUCGCACUUUGCAAAAAGGGUUAAAGAAGAGUAUGAAAAAAAGUGGGUUCAUAUGAAUGUGGACUUAAAGGUGUCCCAAUGUGUGGUUCUCUGCAGCCAUGGCUCAUGUUGCCACACCAACGUGAACUUUAACCCAGAUGACAAACAUUAUCUCCACAUCGGUGAUAUAACACGAUUGUCUCACUAUCUUUAUGCUCAAAGCCAACAGAAAAGAUCACCAGUGUCUUGUGAGGCUCAUCUGGAGAUUGGAAAUCAAUUACGUUUUACUACUGAUCGGUGAACUGCUGUCCCAGAUCCGUCCUCCACCACCAGAGGGCGUUCAUCUACGGCCUUCAGGGCCGGGGAGAAGCAGACGUUGAUUUGAGGACCACCCAUUGGCUGAGGCCUGGGUUGCCCUCUGUCACACCUGGGUCCACCUGUCUCCUUGAACGUCUGCGCUGCGUGCAGUGACACAACACGGACCUGACCAUGCCCUCACGGUGUUGGCAGCAGCCCCGAGGUUUCAACAUUCUAAACACAGCGGUCAGCGAUGGGUGCCACCGACGGAUGUGGCAACGUCGCGUUCCAUGACCUCACAGAUGGCCGCCCUUAUAUCAACCCCUCAGAGCGCUGCUCUCAGUCUCAGACUCAGAAUGAAUCAGAGAGCUAACAUGGCAGGAACCAAGACUGCGAUCUCACUUCCUUUUCAGUCAGUCUCACUCACUUCCUCCUUCUACAGCCCUCGCAGGAUGGAUACCGAGGACGUGCUGAGCUGCAGCCCUCCGCACCACGAGCCGGUUGCCCCGAGCAGCGGCUCUCAGCCGUCCCAGGCGGGGCCUGACCUCGUCCAACCACCACAGAAGGAGGUCCUCUCCAGCCCUCCGGUGGUCAGCGCAGAGCCCCCCGGGGCCCAUAUGGCAGGGCCCCAGAGUCCUGCUGCUGGGGCCCUCGCUGUGGAAGACGCUCUCAGCCACACGGCCCGGGCCUCGACGCUCUCAGAGGAGACACCAGAGGAGACACCAGAGGAGACACCAGAGGGGACACCAGAGUUGACACCAGAGGAGACACCAGAGGAGACACCAAAGGAGACACCAGAGGAGACACCAGAGGAGACACCAGAGGAGACACCAAAGGAGACACCAGAGGAGACACCAGAGGAGACACCAGAGGAGACACCAGGGCCGACCUGUCAGACCACACCUCCGAAGCCGCCCAGAUGUCCUGAGGAAACAUCUGGAGCUCCUUCUGAAGAGCUCCCCGCUACGCCGCUGACCCCGGCCGCGGCACCCCCGCUGACCCCGACCGAACGGCUCUGGACGUCUACCCGGGACCAGGCGGUGAAGCUGCGGAUGGAGGGCUCCGGCCCGGGCUCCGAGACUCCCCUCACCGUCCACCAGAUGUUCCUGGAGACGGUGCAGAACUUCGGGGACCACCCCGCCAUGGCCUCCAAGGAGGACAGCCGCUGGGUGACAGUCAGCUGGCGGGAGUACUACCGCCAGAGCCGGGCGGCCGCCAAGAGCUUCCUCAAGCUGGGCCUGGAGCGUUACCACGGCGUCGGCAUCCUGGGCUUCAACUCCCCUGAGUGGUUCAUCGCUGACGUGGGCUGCAUCCUGGCCGGCGGACUGGCGGCUGGUAUUUACACGACCAACUCUCCGGAGGCCUGCCAGUACGUAGCGGAGAACUGUGAGGCCAACGUCCUGGUGGUGGAGAACCACAAGCAGCUCGUCAAGAUCCUGCAGGUGAAAGAUCAACUUCCUCACCUCAAGGCCAUCGUCCAGUACAAAGACGAGCUGCAGGAGCGUCUGCCCAACCUCUACACGUGGGCGGAGUUCAUGAAGCUGGGGGAGGAGGUGUCUGACGAGACUCUGGAUGCUGUGAUUGGUACCCUGAGAGCCAAUGAGUGCUGCACCCUCAUCUACACCUCGGGUACAACGGGGAACCCCAAGGGAGUCAUGCUGAGCCACGAUAAUCUCACCUGGACGGCGGCGGCGGCUGGGGUGAUGACGGAGCUGGUGUACGGCGAGGAGGUGGUGGUCAGCUACCUGCCGCUCAGCCACGUCGCCGCGCAGGUCAACGACCUCUGGAUCUCCGUCAAGUUCGCCGGCACCACCUACUUCGCCUCCCCCGACGCCCUGAAGGGCUCGCUGGGCGCCACCCUGAAGGAGGCGCGGCCCACGGCCUUCCUGGGGGUCCCACGCGUCUGGGAGAAGAUGCAGGAGAAGAUGAAGGCGGCCGGGGCCAAGGCGUCCCCGCUGAAGAUGAGGGUGGCGGGCUGGGCCAAGGGCCUGGGCCUGCAGUACAACUACAGCGUCAUGAACAAGGAGCCGGCGGUGCCGUGGGGCUUCAUGCUGGCCAACAACCUGGUGUUCAAGAAGGUGCGUCAGGCGCUGGGUCUGGACCGCUGCAAGGCGUGCUUCACGGGCGCCGCCCCCAUGACCCGGGAGACGCUGGAGUACUUCAUGAGCCUCAACCUGCCGCUGCUGGAGCUGUACGGCAUGAGCGAGAGCUCCGGGCCCCACACGGUGUCGUUGCCCGAGGACAACGCCAUCAUGAGCUGUGGGAAGGUUCUGAGGGGCUGCCGGACCAAGCUGGACCGGCCGGACGAGGACGGCAACGGGGAGGUGUGCUUCUGGGGCCGGCACGUCUUCAUGGGCUACAUGAACAUGGCCGAUAAGACUGAGGAGGCCCUGGACCAGGACGGCUGGCUGCACUCCGGGGACCUGGGCAAACACGACAGCAACAACUUCCUGUUCAUCACGGGGAGGAUCAAAGAGCUGAUCAUCACGGCGGGGGGGGAAAACAUCCCUCCGGUGCCCAUCGAGGACGCGGUGAAGGCGGAGGCGUCCAUCGUCAGCAACGCCAUGCUGCUGGGGGACAAGCUCAAGUUCCUCUCCAUGUUCCUCACGCUCAAGUGUGAGGCGGACGAGAACGGCGAGCCCACGGACGACCUGAGCCCGGAGGCCUUGGCCUACUGCCAGCGCCUCGGCGUCACGGCAACCAAGGUCUCCGAGAUCGUAGCCAAUAAGGAGCCGGCGGUCUACGCGGCCAUCCAGGAGGCCAUAGAGCGCAUCAACGCCAGAUCCACCUCCAACGCCAUGAAGGUUCAGAAGUGGCUCAUCUUGGACCGAGACUUCUCCAUCACCGGGGGGGAGCUGGGCCCCACGUUGAAGCUCAAGAGGCCCGUGGUGACCAAGAAGUACCAGGAGAAGAUCAACGAGCUGUACUCCCUAGUCCCAGAGACCCAGGGCUGAGGGGUCCAGGCUGGGGGGCCCUUGUACCUGAGGCCCAGGCCCGAGAGGCCGGCCUGGAAGAAACGCACAUUGAUUUAUACACUACCAUUGGUUUGGACACCCUGACGACUCCUAAACUGCUUGGAUUUCCACCUGAGGAUCGAGUGAUCUCACGCUAAAGAGAGUGAAAAUUUAAAGUUUGUAAGAAUUUAAGCCCCCGAGAAUCUACUGGGACAAGUUGUAUUUUCCCAGGAUAUCUGGGCCCUAUUUUUUGCACUUGAUUUUAAUGUGCUUAUUUUACCAGGAAGUGGAGAGCAUCUUUCCCUUGGGUCUCAGAACAAUAUUUAAGAUGGUCGUUGUACAUAGGAGUUCACGCUACAAAUUGCACUUUUUGUAAAUAUGAGCCGACUGAUCCAGAACCAAAUGAAGGAGACGAGUUCAUUAACUCAAAUGGGAACCGGGGUUUAGAGGUUCCACCGGCCUCGGGGCCUGGGGGUUAGAUGUUCUCCCCGGCCUCGGACCCUGGGGUUAGAUGUUGUCCCCGGCCUGGUGGUUAGAUGUUCUCCACGGCCUGGGGGUUAGAUGUUCUCCCCGGCCUCGGACCCUGGGGUUAGAUGUUCUCCACGGCCUGGGGGUUAGAUGUUCUCCCUGGCCUGGGGGUUAGAUGUUCUCCCUGGCCUGGGGGUCAGAUGUUCUCCACGGCCUUGGGGUUAGAUGUUCUCCACGACCUGGGGGUUAGAUGUUCUCCCUGGCCUGGGGGUUAGCUGUUCUCCACGGCCUGGGGGUUAGAUGUUCUCCCUGGCCUGGGGGUUAGAUGUUCUCCCUGGCGGUUAGAUGUUCUCCCUGGCCUGGGGGUCAGAUGUUCUCCACGGCCUGGAGGUUAGAUGUUCUCCCUGGCCUGGGGGUCAGAUGUUCUCCACGGCCUUGGGGUUAAAUGUUCUCCACGACCUGGGGGUUAGAUGUUCUCCCUGGCCUGGGGGUUAGAUGUUCUCCCUGGCCUGGGGGUCAGAUGUUCUCCACGGCCUUGGGGUUAGAUGUUCUCCACGACCUGGGGGUUAGAUGUUCUCCCUGGCCUGGGGGUUAGAUGUUUCACCAGGCCUGGGGGUUAGAUGUUCCACCAGGCUCGAUGCCUGAUGAUGGCAGAUGCAAACUGAAGCUGAACUAACACAUGAAUUACUCAAUAAAAUAAAGAAUGUUGUUUAUCUAAA